AUGUUCCCAUCACAGGCGGCCAAUCUCAACGUCGAGGCCUUGAGUGGCAUUUGUGGCUCCAUAUCAAUUGUAUGUUGGGUUGUUGUCUUCUCCCCCCAGAUCAUUGAGAAUUUCAGACGUGGUUCUGCUGAUGGACUUUCCCUUCUUUUUCUCAUCAUUUGGCUAGCUGGAGAUGUUUUCAACAUCCUAGGUGCUGUCAUGCAGGGUGUGUUGCCAACCAUGCUGAUUUUGGCUGUAUAUUACACCCUAGCAGAUAUUGUUCUUUUGGGCCAGUGUCUUUACUACCGAGGUUUCAACAUCAGGGAUGAGUUGUCCACAUCUCCAACCACAGAGCCCACUAACGGCACCUCUGGCGCAAUUGGGAGCCAAGAUGACGUGGACUCUGCUGUAGCACCAAGUGAAAGGUCUGCUCUACUCCCCAAACCCAAUGGCCAUGUCAAAAUUCAAGAGUCAUCUCGGAAUGGGCGCAGUAGCCAAAGGGGAGAUGAGACACUGCCGAGAUCUGCAUCAUCUAGUCGAAGAAGGUCCUCGGCGGCAUCGUUACGGGAAGUUUUGCAUCAUGUAGAUGGAACACACCUUUCACCUGCGACUCCAUUUAUUGAGCCCACAGACGCUUCUUCUAGCUCCCGUCGUCGCCGUCGUCAGAUUUCUACUAUCAAAAACAUUAUUUUCAAUACUACUGCGAUCGCUUUAGUAUGCGCUGCAGGCAUAUUGGGCUGGUAUUUCAGCCCUGCCUCAAAAGACUCAAGCUCAGACUCCGAGCCUUUGGCCAUGGACACGCUAGGCCAGGUAUUCGGCUACCUCUGUGCCGCCCUUUAUCUAGGUUCACGUCUUCCACAGCUGUUACUCAACUUUCGUCGAAAGUCAACCGAUGGAGUAUCAUUACUUUUCUUCCUGUUUGCCUGCAUCGGCAACCUAACUUUUGUUCUUUCUAUUCUUGCAUAUUCUCCAGUCUGUCGGAAGACGUCAUCAGUUCAGGGUAGUGUGGAUGUAUUUUCUCCUCAUCAUUAUGUCAAGUGUCGUCCGGGUGAGAUGUCUGCAUUAUACGGAAGAUAUGUGCUGGUGAAUCUAUCUUGGUUGAUUGGUAGUGCCGGUACACUACUAUUGGACAUGGCAAUUUUUGUUCAAUUCUUCCUUUACCGCGAUGACAAGGAUAUCGAUGAGGGGGCAUGA